AUGGCAGAAGCGAUCAUCGGUCCCCUGGUGGUGAAGCUGCAGGAGCUCGCCGUCAGCGAGGCGCGGGCGCUGGUGGCGGUGAACGACGACAUCCGGAGCCUCCGGGACAAGCUCAUGUGGAUGCAGGCCUUCCUGCGUGACGCCGACCCGCGGCGCCGCAUCGUCCCGGACGAGGCCAGCCGGGUGUGGCUGCACCAGACGCGCGACGCCGCCUUCGACGCCGAGGACGCCGUCGACCAGUAUUUCCUCCUCGUCGACCUAUCCAGUCAAUAUACCAUUUCCCUGAAGGUACCCAAGCUGGACACGCACCAUUAUAAGGUUCAUUAUGAAUUUAGCACACAACUACGUGUGCGGCACAACCUUUCUAGCAAGAUCAAAGCUAUCAACUCAAGACUUGAGAAUAUAAUUAAGAACAAGGAAACAUACAAGCAAAUUGAGGACACCAACAAGAUAGUUGUUCCAUGGAGAGCUUCCACGGCCAUCUCUGUUGCCCCAACCAAAUUGGACAAUUUGCUGCAGCCUCCUCUUGUUAGUCGCGAAGACAAGCGCAAAGAUCUCACUUCUGCUCUGCUAUAUGACACUGUUGUCGACUCUUCUCUGCCGGAUAGCACUCCUCGUCAAAAGGUUAUCUCUGUGCUAGGGCCAAGUGGAGUGGGCAAGUCAUCUUUGGUAAGAGAUGUGUAUGAAACGCUGGAAAUCAAGAACCAUUUUGUUGAGCAGGCUUUGGCUACUUUUCCACCUUAUUCCAGUGCUUCCGAUAUCCUGAAACUAAUCCUUAGGGAUCUCAAAGAAGAAGACUUCACAUUAUCUAAGAGGGAGGUCACCAAGGAGCUUGAUAAGAAACUGAAAGGGAAGAGGUACUUGGUGGUGAUAGAUGGUGAAGGGCUACCACUAGCAAUUGUUCUUCUUUCAGGCCUUCUACGAACAAAGGAGUAUCCAGUCGAGUGGAAAGCUGUAUUUGAGCAUCUUAAAUCCAAGCAAUCAAAGCGGCUUGACAGCAUACUGUCCCUGUGCUUUGAUGAUCUUCCAUAUGACAUAAAAUCUUGCUUCCUCUACUUUGCUGCAUUGCCAACAAACAUGCUGAUUGAAGCACAAGAUUUGGUGUGCAUGUGGAUGGCAGAGGGCUUCCUGAGGCCAAAGGAAGGGUUGACAAUGGAGAAGGUUGGUUACCGUUACUUGAAGGAGUUGAUUGCAAGGCAUUUAAUCAACCUAGAGCCUAUGGAUGAAAAUACUCCCGAGGAGGAGCUUGUGACCAUACAAAGCAAAGUCCAUGCAUUUCUUCAGAUUGAGGCACAAGAGGUAAAUUUUGUGGAGAUCCACAACAGUGAUGAUAUCCCGCCUCUGUCAGCUGCUCGCCGCCUCAGCUUGCAAAAUCGCAUGGAGAAGUAUGCUGCAUUAGCCAACCCUAUGCCGAAGCUUCGAUCCAUCUUGUCUAAUUUUGAGAAGGAAGAAACAAGCAAGGAAUAUGAUGUCGCCGAUGAAGAUCAGGAAGCCAAAGUGCAACAGUCUCCAAUCUGCCUACAUUGCUCACCACAUGGAACCACAACCAAGUGCAAGGAGGGCGAUGCCAAAUCUUAUCUGCGGCAACUUCUGCAAACAUCCAAGUUCCUACGUGUGAUUAACCUGCAAGGCCUUGAAGUUGGUGACAAGUUGCCAAAUGAAAUUGGUGAUGUUGUGCACCUGCAGUACCUUGCUGUGACAUCCUGUUCUUUGAAAGAGAUACCACCAUCAGUUGGAAGGCUCUCUAGUCUUCAGACACUAGAUGUCCGAGAUACAGAAGUUAAGGAGCUACCGGUGCCAUUCUGGGAGAUUGGAACCCUAAGGCAUGUGUUUGGCCAUCGCCUCACCUUGCCAAAACAGGUUGGUGACUUGAAGAACCUACAGACCCUUGAUACUGUGAAACCUGAUGAUAAUAUUCCAUCGGCUGUUUUCUCUACUAAAACCUCGCUUCGACGACUUGAGGUGAUGGAAUUGGAUGGAAUGCUUAUUGACAUGCCAUGUGUAGAGGACAUGGACAUCAAAUCAUGCUUGCCCAAUCUACUUCUUUUGUCAUUAGAGAACACAAUGGUCUCACAGGACUUCAUCAACAAGUUGGCUGAGUUGCCCUUCCUUGCUAGUCUCACUCUGGAUGGUGGAUCAUACAAGGAUGAGCAGCUUGUAUUCUCUGCUGGUGGAUUUCAUAGUUUGAGGAGGUUGACGGUUGACUUAGAAGAAUUGAAGAAAUUGGAAAUACAUGAAUCAGCACUGCCCAAGCUUGCAGAUUUGGAUAUUUUGAUCCACUCUAAUGAUCUGAAUAUUGUGAUACUGGGUAAGAACGACGUCGUUGAGAAGCUCCUUCAUGAGGAUAAAAUACUCUCCAAGAAAAUCCAACGGACUACGAGGAGUGAACGAACUGCCCGAAGGAUCGGAGUUGAAUGA